AUGCAAAGUGCGGAAAAAAGCGAAAUCAGUAAGAAGAACCUCUGCCGUGUCCAUUCGGAGAAGAAUGUGUUCAGGCCAUCAAAGUUCCCCUGUCGGCCAUCGUCGAUACAAACGUCCCGGACCUUUUGGUCCCCCUCGAGAGCGACCCCUGGAAUGCCCGUCUGCCACGAUGCCUUACGGACGACCCUCCCCCAGUCCGGUCACCAGGGAUUAGAACCAAAUUUUGAGUACCUACGUGACCUCUACGAGAAUCGUCACAGCGGAGCCGAGGAUGACAUGUCUGUUUUGGACAGUGGAUACAUGUAUGUCUCGAUAGGCCCGCCGAGCCAACAGACCAAAAGGAUGCCUGUAAAGCCUGAUACGGAGGUUGCAGGACAUGCUGAAGGGAUCGGCGACGCUUUUGCGGGAGAUGUCUCUGGACGUUUGGCGCCCCAUUACCCUGUCAAGCCCAAUGCAUACAUGUACAUCUUGAUGGCUAUGCUAUGCUAUGCUCUCCACUGUGAAUCAGACCGAAGAGAGGAAGAAAAACAGAUACGGAGUACCUACUAUUACGCCUCAUCUCGUAUGGCGUGGCUUGACGCCUUUGCCCUUUGGCAGAGAGUAGCGCAUCAUCACCGUCCUAUGGAAUCGGAUCUGAGGUGCCGGUUGACAGGGAUUGAGGAGCUCGCUCACUCUGUGGAGUGCGGGAACAGACCCGGUCGUUGCCAAGGAUGUGUAGAUGUGCCCACCGCCCACGCGUCCGAGGCGGCAUGA